AACGAUGACCUUAGAAACCUGUCCCUCUCUGGCCAUGUGGGCUUUGACAGCCUUCCUGAUCAGCUGGUCAACAAGUCAACAUCACAGGGCUUCUGCUUCAACAUCCUCUGUGUGGGCGAAACUGGCAUUGGCAAGUCAACAUUGAUGGACACUCUGUUCAAUACCAAGUUUGAAAGUGAACCUGCGACGCACAAUGAGCCUGGCGUGAGGUUGAAAGCCAGGAGUUACGAGCUCCAGGAGAGUAAUGUCCGUCUGAAGCUGACUAUUGUCGACACAGUUGGAUUUGGUGAUCAGAUUAACAAAGAUGACAGCUACAAGCCUAUAGUAGAAUAUAUCGAUGCACAGUUUGAAGCCUACUUGCAAGAAGAGCUGAAGAUCAAGCGAUCCCUGUUCAAUUACCAUGACACCAGAAUUCACGCGUGCCUGUAUUUCAUUGCACCAACUGGACACUCAUUGAAGUCCCUAGACUUGGUCACCAUGAAGAAGCUCGACAGUAAGGUGAACAUCAUCCCCAUCAUUGCUAAGGCAGACACCAUUGCAAAAAACGAGUUGCACAAGUUCAAGAGUAAAAUCAUGAGUGAGCUGGUCAGCAACGGUGUCCAGAUCUACCAGUUCCCAACAGAUGAAGAGACAGUGGCUGAGAUAAAUGCAACGAUGAGUGUCCACCUUCCUUUUGCUGUAGUUGGCAGCACUGAAGAAGUGAAGAUUGGCAAUAAGAUGGCAAAAGCCAGGCAGUACCCCUGGGGUGUUGUGCAGGUUGAAAAUGAAAAUCACUGUGACUUUGUAAAGCUGCGGGAGAUGCUGAUCCGAGUGAACAUGGAGGACUUGAGAGAGCAGACGCACACCCGACAUUACGAGCUCUACAGGCGCUGCAAGCUGGAGGAGAUGGGAUUCAAGGACACGGAUCCAGACAGCAAGCCUUUCAGUCUCCAAGAGACUUAUGAAGCAAAGAGGAACGAAUUCCUGGGUGAACUCCAGAAGAAGGAAGAUGAAAUGAGGCAGAUGUUUGUCAUGCGAGUGAAGGAGAAGGAAGCAGAGUUGAAGGAAGCAGAGAAAGAUCUUCAUGAAAAGUUUGACCAUCUAAAGAGGACUCACCAAGAAGAGAAGAAAAAAGUGGAAGACAAAAAGAAGGAACUUGAGGAAGAGCUGAACAACUUUCAAAAGAAGAAGGCAGCAGCUCAGCUAUUACAGUCACAGGCUCAGCAGGCAGGUUCUCAACAAACCAAGAAAGACAAGGACAAGAAAAAGUAAGCGGAUGUCACCCACAUCCUUUGUAGGGUUUGUUACUGUUUGGGAGGUUGUGUUUUUUUUUCUUGGUGCAUGUCUGUAUUUGCUUUUCCCCA